CGAGCGAUCAGUACGGUCGUUCGUCUUCGUCGCAGUUAUUCAUCUCGUAUAAAAAAUCUUUGCGGAUUUUUCGCUGUUUUAUCUGUGCACUAAUAGUGAAGUAUCACUCUUAAAGUUACUGGCGUACUAAUUAAAUCCAUCAUUAUCAUUAUCUAAGUGGUUUCAUCAGAGACUUUGGUCGAAAGGUGCGCUGCUUGCCCAAACUACAAUGGGUCUGUUGAGGAUGCUACGUGAACCACCAGGAGGGCAUGAUAUUAAUCUUAUCAUGUUUUGUAUGGUGUCUUUUAUGUUUUUUAACUUGGUACUGGCGGAGGACGAACUAAUGGGACCUGUGUUUGUGAAGGAGCCUCCAAACCGUGUGGACUUUUCUAAUGGAACUGGAGCAGAGGUUGAAUGUCAAGCGAGAGGAAAUCCACAGCCAGAUAUUAUCUGGGUUCGUGCUGACGGUACUGCUGUAGGAGAUGUUCCCGGAUUGCGACAGGUGUUGCCUAAUGGAAACUUGGUAUUUCCACCAUUCCGAGCUGAAGAUUAUCGCCAAGAGGUUCAUGCUCAAGUUUAUAGUUGUCUUGCUACUUCACCUGCUGGAUCGGUUCAUAGCCGAGACGUUAAUGUUCGCGCCGUGGUGGCGCAAUACUACGAUACUGACGUAAACAAGGAGUACGCAAUUCGUGGAAAUAGUGCAAUUCUCAAGUGUGUGGUUCCAUCAUUUGUUGCUGAUUUUGUGAAAAUUCUAUCCUGGCACACGGAUCAGGGCGAGGAAUUUGUUCCUGGAGAUGAUUACGUGGUUCACCAGUACUAUCAAUCUGAAGUGAACAAUGAAUACGUAAUUCGUGGCAAUUCAGCAAUCCUCAAGUGCAGUAUACCGAGCUUUGUCUCUGAAUUCGUUCAAGUAGUCGGCUGGCAAGAUGAUCAGGGCAAUUCGUUUAAUCCUAAUGAAGAAAACGUUGUGGUCCAGUACUACGAAGCAGAGGUAGUUUCUGAAUAUGUAAUACGUGGAAAUGCGGCAAUAUUAAAGUGCACCAUACCCAGUUUCGUAGCAGAGUUCGUGAGCGUAGAAUCUUGGGAGGGAAGCGAUGGCUCGAGAUACAAACCUUCUACUGACUAUGUUGUCGCACAAACCUAUCAACCUGAAAUAAUGACUGAGUACGUCAUUAGAGGAAACAGCGCAAUCUUAAAAUGUAGCAUACCGAGUUACAUUGCGGAAUUUGUAAGCAUUGAAGCCUGGAUUCGCGAAGACGGAGAAGUUUAUGUUCCUGAGUAUCAACAAACUGAUAAAAUUCCCCAGGUCGUUUCGCAGUUCUUCGUGACGGAGGCCGAGAACGAGUAUGUUAUCCGGGCAAAUAGUGCAAUAAUGAAAUGUAAAAUCCCAAGUUUCGUAUCUGAAUUUGUCUAUGUGGAUCAGUGGAUAGCUGACGACGGCACUAUUUAUCGACAUGAGGAUCAAGAUUAUGUCGUUCAGCAGUUUUACGAGUCUCGAGUGAUUGACGAGUUUGUUUUGCGUGGUAACACAGCAACAUUAAAGUGUCUCGUGCCAAGUUUCGUUGGAGAUUUCGUAGACGUUAUUGAGUGGAUUGCUGAUGAUGGCACUUCUUAUUCGGCUGACUCUCGGGAAGAGGAGGUUGUCUCUCAAUACUUUGAAGUACAAGUGUACGAUGUCUUUGCGAUUCGUGGUAACGCUGCGAUAUUCAAGUGUCAGGUACCGUCAUUCGUCGCUGAUCAUGUUGAUGUAGAUGGUUGGAUAGAUUCCGCCGGGGGAAAUUAUCGGGCAGAUGAUGAGCAAAUGUCGUACGUGGUCGGGCAGCGGUACGCAGUGAAUGUGAUGGAUGAGCACGUUUUACGGGGCAAUGCUGCUAUAAUCAAGUGUCACAUUCCAAGCUUUGUUGCUGAAUUUGUAGAGGUCGAUUCUUGGGUCGAGGACGAGACCACGGAAAUAUAUCCGAAGUCUAAUUACGAUGGCAAAUACUUGGUACUGCCUUCUGGUGAAUUGCACAUCCGGGAUGUAGGACCUGAAGAUGGUUACAAGACUUACCAAUGCCGAACCAAACACCGACUUACUGGAGAAACCAGACUGUCUGCCACCAAAGGACGCCUUGUCAUCACCGAACCCGUCACCAGUACAAAGCCGAAAUUCCCGAUGACGGAGAAUUCGCGUACCUACACGGUUCGCUCGAAUGAACCCUUAACACUCUUUUGUCCAGCGCAGGCAUUUCCCGUUCCAGCGUUCAGAACCUGUCACCAGUGCGAGACCAAAAUUUCCGAUGACGGACACAUCGCGCACAUAUACAGUUUAUCUUGGCAAAACGCAGACACUUUUUUGUCCGGCUCAAGCCUUUCCCGUUCCAGCUUUCAGAACCAGUCGCGAGUACUAAGCCAAAAUUCACAAUGACAGAAAAGCUGAGAGCUUACACCGUAAACUUCUACGAACCUCUUACACUAUUUUGUCCAGCUCAAGCUUUUCCUGUUCCAGCUAUCAGAACCCGUAGGAAGUGCUCGACCGAAAUUCCCAAUGACUGACACAAUGCGUGCAUUUGGUAUUCGUCAAGGUCACACACAGACUCUCUUCUGUCCCGCCCAGGCGUUUCCUGUUCCAGCAUUUAGAGCCGGUCGCAAGCGCCCGCCCGAAAUUUCAAACGAUGGCUGAUUUACAAGCAUUUCGAGUGACGCUCGGUGGCGCGAUGACCCUUCUCUGUCCAGCUCAAGGAUUUCCCGUCCCCUCAUACAGAGCCGGCAUCAAGUACCAGGCCACAGCUAUCUGGUCCAAGUGAUCUUCUGAGAUUCUCAGGCUCGGUAGGAAAAAGCAUUACUCUUCUUUGCCCUGCUCAAGGCUUUCCAGUACCCCUAUAUCGAACCCGCUUCAAGCUCGAAACCCAAGUUUCCUUCAGUAAAUGAUAUUGGUGUCCGGGUGUACAAGGACUCAAGUUUUACUAUGCUUUGUCCUGCUCAAGCGUAUCCUGUCGCUACGUUUAGAGCCAGUCGGUUUAGCCAGACCAAAAUUUUCGACAAUAGACAAGAGUCGGACUUUCGAUACAUACGAGGGCCGUGGUGUGACUCUACAGUGCCCUGCCCAGGCGUAUCCUGUCCCUUUCUUCAAAACCCGUCGGCUUAGCGAGACCAAAAUUUUCUUCAAUACACAAAAGCCUGACUUUCGAUACAUAUGAGGGCCGUGGUGUGACUCUACAGUGCCCUGCCCAGGCGUAUCCUGUCCCUUUCUUCAAAACCCGUUGGCUUAGCAAGACCAAAAUUUUCAUCAAUACUCAAAAGUCAGACUUUCGAUACAUACGAGGGCCGUGGUGUGACUCUGCAAUGUCCUGCUCAGGCGUAUCCUGUCCCUUUCUUCAAAACCCGUAUCGAGUACAAAACCGAAACUAACUUCGUUGGAUGUUAAGUCAACUAACCCUAGCAUCUACAUAUAUGCUUCGACAACUCUUUUAUGUCCAGUUCAAGGGUUUCCCGUGCCAGCUUUCAGAACCUAUGGCAAGUACGAAACCAAAAUUCUCAGGGGUUUCCGUGAGAACACUCGAAGUGACUGUUCGUUCGAACGAGGAAAUUGCUACGCUUAGUUGCCCUGCACAGGGAUAUCCCGUGCCCUCAUUUAGAGCCUGUGACCAGCGCAAAGCCAAAGUUUCUCAACGCUGAUAUUAAGGUAUUAAUGCCGACGUCGAUGUCUACUUCGGUAUCUUUGACUUGUCCAGCUCAAGGAUUUCCGGUGCCGAUUUCACGAACCAGUAUCUAGCACGAAACCAAAGUUUACAAAUGACGACAUCAAGGUUGUGAAACCGACUACAAGAUCUUCCGCGGUGGCGUUGACUUGCCCGGGUCAAGGAUUCCCUGUUCCGAUUACACGAGCCAAGUGCCAGCACUAAACCGAAGCUAACAGCGAAUCGAAAAAUUGAAUUAGUGGAGGUUCGUUUAAAUGGAUCAGCUACGCUUAUGUGCCCAGUGCAGGCAUAUCCAGUAGCACUAUCGAGAACCAGUUGGGCUAAAGGCACCAAAAUUCGUAAGCGAAAAUUCUCUUAGUGCUUGGACAAAACGUGCCAAAUCACAGAUAGCAUUAGAAUGUUACGCUCAAGGAAGUCCCGUGCCGACAGCGAGAACCUGUUGGCUUGAAAGCUCCGAAAUUCUCGAGUGAUAGUUCAUCAAGUACUUAUACAAAACGUCAGAACAUUGACAUUGCUCUUCAGUGUAACUCUCAAGGUAGCCCGGCUCCCAUCUCAAGAGCCUGUCGGACUGAAAGCUCCCAAAUUUUCGAGUGAUCUAUCAUUCAGUGGUUACGCAAGACGCAAGGGGGUCGAUAUUGACCUUCAAUGCAAUGCUCAAGGGAGUCCGGCUCCAAUAUCGAGGGUACUAUAAUUGCUCUUCAAUGCAAUGCUCAAGGCAGUCCUUCUCCGGUUUCAAGAGCCGGUGGGUGCAAAGUCACCAGCCUUAUCGUCUGAAGAUCUAAGUCGCACUAUAGGGAGAUUUAAAGGCCAAGACACUGCGUUGGUUUGUGCUGCCCAGGGGAGCCCUGUACCCGUUACUAGAGCCCGUUGGAAGUAAAUCUCCUACCUUCUCCGGCGAUUUAAAGAUUAAUCUGUUGAAUCGUGAGAAGAACGAAGUUCUUAGCAUUUCCUGCAAUGCUCAGGGACAUCCAGCUCCGAUAACUAGAGCCUGUGGGCAGCAAAGCCCCCACAUUUCUCGGAGACGUCAAGUCAUUUUUCUUCUUACGGCACCAAGGUUUUAGUAUUGGUAUCUUGUGUAAUCCGCAGGGGCAUCCGAUUCCAAAGAUCAGAGCCUGUGGGUAGUAAAGCUCCAACGAUAACCGGAACGUUGAAAGGUGGAUGGAUGAAUCAAAAUUCAAGAUCUAGUAUAGUAAUGACGUGUCCGGCGCAGGGAUAUCCCGUUCCAGCUUUCCGAACCUGUUGGAACUAAAGCACCAGCGUUUACGGGAAUCGUUAAGGGCUGGUGGAUACAAGAAAGAGAAAAAUCGAGCAUCGUGAUGACAUGUCCAGCACAGGGUUAUCCUCUUCCCAGCUUUAAAGCCAGUAGGAACUAAAGCACCAACAUUUACCGGUGAAAUGAAGGGAUGGAUGGUUGAAAAACUCAAAGAUUCAACAAUUGUCAUGAGUUGUCCUGCUCAAGCGUACCCUGUACCGGCAUUCCGAGCCUGUUGGUAGCAAAGCUCCAGCAUUUACGGGAGACAUAAAAGCUUCAGGGUGGUUGGUAAAUAAGCGCUUGAAUUCUACAUUAGCGAUGCCAUGUCCAGCGCAAGGUUAUCCGGUUCCCGCAUUCAGAGCCCGUUGGUAGCAAAGCGCCAGCUUUUAUUGGAGAGUUGAGAGGAGGGUGGAAAGCUAAAAGCGCAAAUACAAGUGUCGUGAUGUCGUGUCCAGCUCAGGGUUACCCAGUCCCAAGUUUUCGAUCCUGUUGGAAGCAAAGCUCCUUCGAUUCAAGGUGAAGAGGGAAGCUCGAUGAAGCGACGUGGUGGUACUGAUAUCGUGAUCCCAUGCUAUGGACAAGGCUACCCAGUCCCAAAUUUCCGAGCCUGUUGGAAGCAAAGCUCCUUCAAUCCAAGGCGAAGAACGGAGCUAUAUGAAGCGACGUGGUGGCACCAACAUCGUGAUACCAUGUCAUGGUCAAGGUUACCCUGUCCCUGCUUUCAGAUCCGGCCGGUCGCGUUUCGCCGAAAUUCCCCAAGUCGGCUAAAACAGAUUCGUUCGAGGUAUUGGGUGGCAUUGAAACGAGUCUUCUAUGUGAUGCCCAAGCAUUUCCCAAACCAGCGUUCAGAACCUGUAGGAACUAAAGCACCCUCCAUUCUUGGAGAAAAAGGCAGUUUGAUGGAAAGGAAAGUCGAUAGCAACAUAGUCAUAUUGUGUCAGGCACAAGCUUACCCUGUUCCAACAUUCAGAUCCUGCUGGAAGAGUCGCACCAAAGUUUCCUAAAUCAGCGAAGAUAAAUUCAUUCGAAGUUUUAACCAACACUGAAAUUAGUCUUCUGUGUGAUGCUCAAGCGUUCCCUGCUCCUAUAUUUAGAACCGGUUAACGGCGCAAAGCCACGAGUUGCAUCAACCGCCAAAUACGAUGUCCUUGGAAAGUCCCUCGGGGCGACGGUGACGAUGUUGUGUCAGGCGCAGGGGCACCCUUUACCAAACUUUAGAACCGGUCAAUGGCGCGGCUCCUCGAGUAGCUGCUACAGCUAAGAUAACAGUUCUGACGUCAUCCGCAAAUUCCUCGAUUACUAUGCUUUGUCAAGCCCAAGCGAAUCCUCUUCCGAUAUUCAGAACCAGUCGGCAGUGGUCCUCCCCGUCUGCCACCGAGAUCAAAGUUUGACGAACUGCUAAAGCAUCAGGGAACGACUCUUACAUUACUUUAUGGUACAAGUUCAUCGAAGGUACGACACGCAGACAGCCAGUUCAGCUGAAUGAAAGAGUUCGUCAGGUCAGCGGAACUUUGAUUAUCCGAGAAGCACGUGUUGAGGACUCUGGAAAGUACCUUUGUAUUGUGAACAAUUCAGUUGGAGGCGAAAGCGUUGAGACUGUUCUUACCGUCACUGCACCAUUGGCAGCUGAAAUUGAACCUAGAGUUCAGACUGUCGAUUUUGGAAGACCAGCUACUUUUACUUGCAACGUCCGAGGAAAUCCUAUUAAGACUAUUUCAUGGAUGAAGGAUGGCAAGGCUCUUGGGCAUGAAGAUGCCAUUCUCAGAAUUGAAAGCGUCAAGAAAGAAGAUAAGGGGAUGUAUCAAUGUUUUGUGCGGAAUGAUCAAGAAAGUGCUCAAGCGACGGCUGAGUUGAAGCUUGGAGGACGAUUUGAACCACCCCAAAUAAAGCAGGCAUUUCAAGAAGAAACUCUCCAACCAGGACCAAGCAUGUUCCUCAAGUGUGUAGCCAGCGGGAAUCCAACUCCUGAAAUAACUUGGGAACUUGACGGCAAGCGUUUAUCAAACACAGAAAGACUCCAGGUUGGACAGUACGUUAAGGUCAACGGUGAUGUCGUAUCGCAUUUGAAUAUCUCAAGCAUUCACACGAAUGAUGGUGGACUCUACAAGUGUAUUGCAGCUUCAAAGGUCGGAUCAGCGGAGCAUUCAGCACGUCUCAAUGUUUACGGUUUGCCUUUCAUCCGACACAUGGACAAAAAAGCCAUCGUUGCUGGAGAAACUCUUCGAGUAACUUGUCCAGUUGCCGGUUACCCAAUUGAGAGCAUCGUAUGGGAACGAGACACUCGUGUUUUGCCGAUCAACAGGAAACAGAAAGUUUUUCCAAAUGGAACGCUCAUCAUCGAAAAUGUAGAGAGACACAGUGAUCAGGCAACUUACACAUGUGUGGCACGCAAUGCUCAAGGAUACAGCGCAAGAGGAACUCUUGAAGUUCAAGUUAUGGUUGCUCCUCAAAUAGUGCCCUUUGUCAUGGGUGAUGAGCCUGCAAAUUGGGGUGACGCAGUCACAGCAACAUGUACAGUCUUCAAGGGCGAUUUUCCAAUUACUAUUGAGUGGUCUUUAAAUAGCGAGCCAAUCGCUCAAAAUUAUCCUGAUAUAACGAUAAGUAGUAGCAGUAAACGUGUCAGUGUGCUAACAAUUGACGCAGUGUCGGCAAAUCAUGCCGGAGAAUAUACUUGCAGUGCUAGUAAUGUCGCAGGUGGAACAAGUUAUUCAGCGUCUCUGGCAGUUAAUGGUAUAAAAUACAAUCCGUGGAAAUGUCUUCCGUAAUUACUAACAAAGAUAGUCAGGUUAUCUACGAAAUAAUGAGAUUUUCCAUGUCCUUCCAAUUCCACACUUACAUAAUCAUUAAAUUCGUAAUAAUGCCUAUUCCCAGUUGCACCUCAGAUAGUGCCCUUCGUUAUGGGUGAUGAACCUGCUAAUUGGGGCGAUGCAGUCACCGCGACCUGUACAGUUUUCAAGGGAGAUUUUCCAAUAGACAUUGAAUGGUUCCUCAAUGAUAAAAAAAUAACUCACGAUCAUCCGGGUGUAACAAUAAGUACUACUAAACGUGUUAGUUUGUUAACUAUCGACGCCGUCUCAGCGAGUCAUGCAGGGGAAUAUACAUGCAGCGCCAGUAACACUGCUGGUGGAACUAGUUAUUCCGCAGCUCUAACAGUCAAUGUUGCUCCAUUAAUUGCUCCUUUUGUGAUGGGAGACGAGCCCGCAAACUGGGAAGAUACGGUGACAGCGACGUGUACGGUUAUAAAAGGCGAUCGACCUAUUGAAAUCGAAUGGGCACUAAAUGGUGAUCCAAUUUCUCAUCAAAAUUUUCCGGACAUAUCAAUCGGAACUGGGAAAAGUGUCAGCCUCUUGACUAUUGAUGGAGUGACAGCAAGACAUGCUGGAGAGUAUACUUGUUCUGCAAGUAAUGCCGCAGGAGGGACAAGCUAUUCUGCGUCAUUAAUUGUUAAUGUUCAACCAGGCAUCGCGGCUUUCACUUUUGGUGAUGAACCUGCAAAUUCGGGAGAAACUGUUGCAGCAACUUGUACUGUAAUAAAAGGUGAUCGGCCUAUUGAAAUCGAAUGGGCACUCAAUGGAAAUCCGAUUUCUCAUAAUAAUUUUCCGGAUAUAUCAAUAGUAACUAGCAAAAGUGUCAGUUUUUUAACUAUUGACGGAGUGACAGCAAGACAUGUUGGAGAGUACACUUGUUCUGCAAGCAAUGCAGCUGGAGGAACAAGUUAUUCUGCAUCACUGAUAGUUAAUGUUUCGCCACAAAUAGGUACGAUAGCGUUUACCGAUAGCCCAGCAAACUCAGGCGAACCCGUGUCUGCAACUUGUGCGGUAUUAAAAGGUGAUUUUCCAAUGAAAAUAUUGUGGCAACACAAUGGUCAACCGAUCGAUAACGAUCAGUCAGAUAUAGUAGUAAAUGCAAUAAGUAGGCAUAUGAGUGUCAUCAGCAUAGAAUCAGCAGUAGCAAGACAUACAGGGGAAUACACUUGCAUAGCAACAAAUGAGGCUGGUACUGCGCGCCAAUCGGCGACUUUGAUAGUCAAUGUCGCACCACAGAUAGGCCCAUUUUCAAUGAGUGAUGGUCCAGCAAACUGGGGUGAUAUGGUAUCAGCCACAUGCUCUAUUGUGAAAGGAGAUUUUCCCGUGGAAAUUAAAUGGCGUCAUAAUGGCAAAGAUAUCGAUUCUAAUAAUCCAGAAACCGUUGUAACAAGAAUCAAUAGACAUAUGAGCGCUAUCAGCAUAGAAUCUGUCGCGGCAAGGCAUGCGGGCGAAUAUAGUUGUGUCGCUACCAAUCGAGCGGGCAACGUCAGUCACUCGACAAUUUUGGCGGUGAACGUUGUCCCACAGAUCCUCCUAUUUACAUUCGGUGACGAGCCUUCGAAUUCGGGAGAUGCGGUAUCGGUAACCUGUUCUAUUUCUAAGGGUGAUCUGCCUUUGGAUAUCGCUUGGGCAUUCAACAGUGAACCGUUGACUCAACAUCGUACUGACAUCACGAUAACUAAUGGCAAGCGUCAUAGUAUGCUGGCGAUUGACUCUGUUGCCGCAAGACACUCGGGCGAAUAUACUUGUACCGCAUCGAACAAGGCAGGAGCUUCAAGCCACUCUGCUGUGUUGGCUGUUAACGUAAGUCCUCAAAUUGCGCCUUUUGCUAUUGGUGACGAACCAGCGAAUUGGGGAGAGCAGAUAUCCGCAACAUGUAGUGUCAUGAAAGGAGAUCAACCGAUAGAAAUUCGUUGGAGUCUUAAUGGUCAACCCAUAAACCGUCAAAGUCAUCCAGAUAUAAUGAUAACUAAAACUGGGAAGAAGAUUUCCCUUCUUAGCAUUGAUGCUGUAACUGCCCAACACGCUGGGGAGUAUAAUUGUGAAGCGAGUAAUCAAGCUGGUUCCACCAGUCGCUCCGCAGUCCUUUCGGUUAAUGGUAUAGUUGACUAGUUGACUAGAUAUAUUAUCGGUCAAUGUUGAAUAAUAUGGUUGUAAAGGAUGAGAUGUUCCCUACAAAUCAAAUAGCACCGACGAACCUACUUACCUUCAAUCCCUUACAUAUUUUUGCACAAAGAUUCAGUGAAAUAAAAUCAAUUUGUCUAAGUCCUCAAAUUGCGCCGUUUUCUAUUGGCGACGAACCAGCGAAUUGGGGAGAACAGGUUUCCGCGAUGUGUAGUGUCUUGAAAGGCGAUCAACCAGUAGAAAUUAGAUGGAGUCUUAACGGUCAACCGAUAACCCGUCAAAAUCAUCCAGAUAUUAUGAUAAGCAAAACUGGAAAGAAGAUUUCCCUUUUAAGCAUUGACGCUGUAACCGCACAACACGCUGGGGAAUAUAGUUGCGAAGCGAGUAAUCAAGCUGGUUCCACCAGUCGCUCCGCAGUUCUUUCAGUUAAUGUCGCUCCACAGAUCUUGCCCUUGAGUUUUGGCGACGAACCCGUGAAUGCUGGAGAUUUAGCGUCAAUCCAAUGUGCAGUAAGCAAAGGAGAUUUCCCUUUGGAGAUCACCUGGAUUUUCAAGGGUUAUCCCAUUGGACCUGAUCGUUCAGAUAUUAUAAUAUCAGACUCCGGUAAACGAGUUAAACAGUUGACAAUUGAUGCUGUAGCAGCAAGACACGCAGGAGAGUAUACAUGUAUUGCAUCCAAUGCUGCUGGGUCCAGUUCUCAUUCGGCGGUACUCGAUGUCAAUGUACCACCACGUUGGAUUCUUGAACCGACUGACAAGGCAUUUGCCCAAGGCUCCGAUGCUAGAGUUGAAUGUAAAGCUGACGGGUUCCCUAAGCCUCAGGUUACAUGGAAAAGGGCUGCUGGUGACACACCUGGUGAUUACACUGACUUGAAGCUUAACAACCCUGACAUUAGCGUAGAAGAUGGUACUUUGUCUAUCAAUAACAUUCAGAAAACCAAUGAAGGUUACUAUCUUUGCGAGGCUGUCAAUGGAAUUGGUUCAGGAUUGUCUGCAGUUAUUCUUAUUUCUGUCCAAGCACCACCGCACUUUGAAAUCAAACUUCGUAACCAGACUGCUCGUCGUGGUGAACCAGCAGUAUUGCAAUGUGAAGCACAGGGCGAGAAACCAAUCGGAAUUUUGUGGAACAUGAACAACAAGCGAUUGGAUCCGAAGAGUGACUCUCGUUACACAAUUCGUGAAGAGAUUCUGGCUAAUGGUGUUUUGGCGGACUUGAGUAUCAAGAGAACUGAAAGAUCUGAUUCUGCAUUGUUUACUUGUGUUGCUACAAAUGCUUUUGGAAGUGAUGAUACCAGCAUUAAUAUGAUUGUUCAAGAGGUUCCUGAAGUUCCAUACGGACUCAAGGUUCUUGAUAAAUCUGGACGGUCAGUACAACUUUCUUGGGCAGCUCCCUACGACGGAAACAGUCCCAUCAAGCGAUACCUUAUUGAAUACAAAAUGAGCAAAGGAUCUUGGGAAACCGACAUUGACCGGGUUAUCGUACCAGCGACUCAGCAAAAUGUAGCCGGUGUUUUCAAUCUCAGACCUGCAACUACUUAUCAUCUUCGCAUUGUCGCUGAAAAUGAAAUCGGCAAUUCUGAUCCGUCUGAUACAGUCACGAUUAUCACUGCUGAAGAAGCUCCAUCUGGUCCACCAAGUUCUGUACGAGUUGAUGCUCUUGACCAACACACACUUAAGGUUACAUGGAAACCACCACCCCGAGAGGAUUGGAACGGUGAAAUCCUUGGUUACUACGUCGGUUACCGCCUAUCUUCUUCUGAGAAGCCUUACAUGUUCGAAACAGUCGAGUUCUCAAAGGAAGACAACAAAGAACAUCAUUUGCAGAUAGUGAACCUCAAAACUUACACUCAGUACAGUGUUGUUGUUCAGGCAUUUAACAAAGUUGGUUCCGGACCGAUGAGUGAAGAACGUCGACAACAUACCGCUGAAGGAGUACCCGAACAACCACCCCAUGACACUACUUGCACCACGCUAACCUCUCAAACUAUCCGAGUUUCUUGGGUAUCGCCACCUCUUACUGCUGCAAAUGGUGUUAUCACUGGUUACAAAGUAAUAUAUGGCCCAUCUGAAACAUGGUACGAUGAGAACACAAAGGACACAAAAAUUACAUCAUCAAGCGAAACAAUUUUACACGGACUUAAAAAAUACACCAACUACAGCAUGCAAGUCCUUGCAUUUACUUCUGGAGGUGAUGGAGUUAAGUCGGCACCAAUUCACUGUCAAACGGAACAAGACGCACCUGAAGCGCCAAUUGCUAUCAAAGCGCUAGUUAUGUCCGGCGAAUCUAUUCUUGUAUCAUGGCGCCCACCGAUUCAGCCCAACGGAGUUAUUUCUCAGUACACGGUUUACACUAAAGCCGAUAAUGUUGAAGAACCUGUUAGUCACAAGGUACUUCCAAGUCAACUGACUUAUGAAGCUAAAGGAUUGGAUACACAGCAUCGGUAUGACUUCUGGGUAACUGCUAGUACCAAUAUCGGUGAAGGAGAGGCGUCGAAAAUUGUUUCGCUGACACCAAAUGAUAGAGUUCCGGCAAAGAUUGCAUCGUUCGACGAUAAAUUUACCGCGACUUACAAAGAGGAUGUUAAAUUACCGUGUCUCGCUGUUGGUGUUCCGGCUCCAGAAGUUGUUUGGAAAGUUCGCGAUGCAAAACUUCAGACGAGCGAUAGACUUCGACAAUUGCCGGAAGGAUCUCUAUUUAUUAAGGAAGUUGAUCGUGCUGAUGCCGGAGAGUAUUCUUGUUAUGUUGAAAAUUCAUUUGGUCAUGAUACUGUCACUCAUCAAUUGAUCGUUCACGCACCACCGCAUUCGCCGCAAGUUACUCUCACUGCUACAACUACAAACUCACUGACAAUGAAACUCCGGCCACAUUCAACGGACAAUGCACCAAUUCACGGAUACACUAUUCACUACAAACCCGAAUUUGGAGAUUGGGAAACAGUGCAAAUAAGCUCAACUGCCCAAAAAUACACACUCGAGAAUUUAUGGUGCGGAUCACGCUACCAAAUUUAUGUAACUGCUUACAAUGGUAUUGGAACCGGUAACCCAUCAGAUAUUCUCAACACUCGCACCAAAGGAUCCAAACCAAUAAUUCCUGAAGCAUCACGAUUCAUCGAAGUAUCAACCAACAGCAUAACUCUUCACUUGAACGCUUGGUCUGAUGGCGGAUGUCCCAUGCUUUAUUUCGUAGUCGAACACAAGAAGAAGCAACAGCAAGAAUGGAAUCAAGUAUCAAAUAAUGUGAAACCUGGCAGCAAUUUCGUUGUUCUUGAUCUCGACCCAGCAAACUGGUAUCACCUGCGUGUGACAGCUCACAACAAUGCUGGAUUCGCAGUAGCUGAGUAUGAAUUUGCAACAUUGACAGUAACAGGGGGCACCAUUGCACCCGCUCGCGAGCUUCCAGAUGUUAACGGUGGCAGCAACGACGAGGAUCCAAUGAAAUCAUUUAUGACCAAUUUAAAUUUGGUUGUCCCAGUGGUCGCUGCCCUUCUUGUGAUAAUCGUUGCCGUCAUCGUAAUUUGUGUGCUCAAAGGCAAAGGCCAUGGUUCCAGUGACAAAGGUACUAUUGCACCGCCUGUCAGGAACAAUGUAGCCCCUGAAACUACCGACGUAAGACAACUCUUCCCGUGGAUACCGUCUUGGAUGAAUAUCAAUGUUGUAGUACCGGCUAUUGCUACCGUAGUUGUUGUCAUCGUUGGUAUUAUCGUUAUUUGUGUGGCCGUAUCAAGAAGAACUCGAGGUCCCGAACAAACUCGGCUUCGAGGAAUUCCUUCCGCCGAUGAAAAAUACUAUGAAGGCCAAUAUGACGUCGUUUAUCAACAGACUGGUGUAGUAGGUGCAACGUUAGACAAACGUCGACCAGAUCUCCGUGAUGAGCUAGGAUAUAUCGCUCCUCCAAACCGUAAACUACCACCGGUACCUGGUUCUAACUACAACACCUGUGAUCGUAUCAAGCGAGGUCCAACAGGUUCAUUUAGAAGUCACUCGACGUGGGACCCACGAAGACACAUGUACGAAGAAUUAUCACACUGUGCACCUAACCGAAGGUGUCCACCGCCACCACCUCGUAUAGGCAGUACUGACGCUCUAUCCCACAGAGGUAUGGAAGAUGAAAUUUGUCCGUACGCAACAUUCCAUUUGCUCGGAUUCCGUGAGGAAAUGGAUCCCUCUAAAGCAAUGCAAUUCCAAACAUUCCCACACCCUGCCAAUGGACAUUCUGGCACUAUGGGACCACCAGCUGGACAUCCUACCAAUGCUUCUGCACACAGCCGAUCUGGGUCACAAUCAAUGCCACGACAAAACGGACGUUACUCUCGAGUACCUUCUCAGGGAGGACAGACUGUAUUUUCACCGGAAUAUGAUGAUCCAGCCAACUGCGCGCCCGAAGAAGAUCAAUAUGGGUCACAAUACGGACAAUACGGAGCUCCAUACGAUCAUUAUGGGUCUCGUGGUUCCGUUGGACGUCGUAGUGUUGGUUCAGCUCGCAAUCUCCCUAUGUCUAACUCUCCCGAACCUCCACCACCACCACCACGAAACCACGACCCAAAUAACUCCAGUUUCAAUGACAGCAAAGAGAGUAAUGAAAUUAGUGAAGCGGAAUGCGAUCGUGAUCAACUCCAAAUGAAUCGUAACUACGGUGUUAAUGCUCGUGGCAAGGAUGGUAUGUCCACUGAAGAGAUGCGCAAACUUAUCGAGAGAAACGAAGUCCCCAGCCGGCAAGCAACCACCACAAACGGGAGUCACGGGGGACUCCUCACACCCUACGAUACUGUGGCAGUGUAAUCUGUAAAUUAACACCAGCGAUCAACAUGCCAUUAAUCUUUCAUUAUCUUCAAUAAAUUAAAUCAGUCAACAAUUCCCUCCCGUCAUCAAAAUGACAAAUCUUAUGUCGAAAAUCAUUUUAAGUCAACAAAAAUGCGUAAUUCAAUAAUUAAUCCACUGCUCAUUAUAGCUUUGGCCCAUUUGCAACGAUUUACUAUUUAAAUUAUACUUUAAUAUUCUUAAUCAUAAUAGAUAGGUUUCAUUACCAUUUACGAUUUACGAUGUAAAAAUUUAUGUACGACAAACAAGCUGUAUAAUUGUUUGGCAUCAACCUAGUAAACGUGAUUAUGAGUCUUCAUUGGUCGAAAAAUGCCAAAAAGUUUAUGAUAAUAAAUAUCAUCUUCAUUGAAACAUAACUAACAAGCUAUCAAACAAACGGGAGGAAUUGAAGAAGAUAAUCGAGAAAGAAUUUAACUAAACAUAAAAUAAUCUACAGUAGACUCGUGAUCAUGUUGAAAACUAAUGAUCGAGCUUUUUGUUGAAGAAGAAUAUAUCGUUUUUUUAUUUUUUAAAAACAUUGACCAAUAAAAAAAAUAUCCACUAAUAAAAUAACAACACCCGAAAUUGAACGACUGAUAUUCUAAAAACUGUAAAGUUAUUUUAAGUUUUUUUUUUUAUAAAAUUGAUACAGCGAUGAUUAGUUUGCUCGUUCAUUAAGUCAUGGUUGUGCCACACUGCCGCUCUUUGGCAACAUCAAAAAUAUGUAUAAUGUUUUAUUUUAAUUUUUAUUAUUUACUCUUCCUUUUUUAAUAUCGUUAUUAUUAUUUCUGUAACGAAGGUUGUGUCCCCCAUGGAUUGACGUAGAUAUUCAUAGAGUUGCGUCAGCAAUAAUCUAACGAUAAUCAACGCGGGCGCCCCAUAUGAAGAUAAUAAUUACGAUUAUGAUGAUUAUUAUUCAAAACAAAUUUAUGAAUGAAUUAUUUAAACUUGCUUAUCGUCGUCUUGUCGCCGUUC